CAACAGCUUGAAGAAGAAAAGUCGAGAAAUGAAACUGAAACUUAUCUGGUGACGUCAGAAAGGGGAAUUCCCUGGCGCUGAAGUUAUCUUUCGUCGAACUUGGCAGAAUUAAGGUAGGAGACAUCGCGUGUUUGAAAACUUGCGGAUUUUGUAUUAGUUUGCAGCUUUGAGAAAUAUUCAGACAUUGAACAUGAAUACAAAAUUUUACGAGUCUAUAAUUGCAAAUGAGAGAGAAAAAUUUAAGGUAAAUGAAGCAGCACUAAAGAAAGCUGCCGCUGAUGUUGCUAAAUCAUAUAAUCGGAAAGCUUUAAAGAAAGGCUCUACUUACCUUAAUUACAACUAUGCUGCAAACCGAUGUGCUUAUCUUUAUAAAUAUGCAGAUAUACACACAGGUCUUGUGACCAAAUAUUUCGAAAAUUUGAUUGAAAAAGAAGAAGUUAAAAACUUGCUGGAAUCUAAAAAGAAUUUAAAAAUCUGUUGUCUAGGAGGAGGUCCGGGCACAGAUAUUGUGGGUAUAUUUCGAGCCUUAGCAAAAUAUUCUGCUUUUCAUGAAAAAGUAUCAGAAGUCAGGGUUCUAGAUAUUUGCAAAGGAUGGCGGAAUUCGUUCAAGCGAAUUAUAUCAAGCAUAAAAAAAGGAAAAAUGAAGGGCAUACCAGAAAAUUUUAUUGAUAAGAAAAGAUUUUUUGCUCAUUUGAUCUCUGUCGACCUUCUUGGUGCCUUGCCACAAGGAGUUGUGAAUGUAAUUUCAAAUGCAGAUAUUAUAUGCAUGGUUAAAUUCGUAUCAGCGGUUCUUGGAAAGCCAGAAUCAGUGUCAGCAUUACAGAAUAUUGGAAAAACGUUCAAGCCUGGAACUGUCAUCUUAUUCAUUGAUAAUUUCCAAGGAAAUGUAUCUAAAUCGCUGGAAGAUAUUUCUUCACAGAUUGGACUUGAAAUUACGUUGGGUCCAUUGCAUGAGGUAUUUGUCUGCCGUAAAAGAAAAACUGAUAAGAAAGUAUACAAAUGCAUACCACUGCCUGCUACUAGAGUUUCUGUUGUUGGCUAUGUUAAAAUGUUAACACCACUUAAUCUUAUGGCUGUUAAUUCCUUGCCAGAAAAUAUUUUGAAAGUUGAUAAUGAUGAUGGUUGGUACCCAGAAAGUGAUGAAGAUGAAAGCUUUUCUUCUUCAUUGCGUCCCAUCAAACCCAUUAAAUCUAAUGUUAGACCAAAAGAUUAUAAAUCUGUUCAUAAACCAAACAAUCAGUCACAUUUCACUAGGGCUAAAAACAGUAAACGUUCUUGUACUAAAUGUAACAAAAAGGAACUGAAGACUAACAAAGAUGAAACCUUACGAAAAGAACUUGAAUUGUUAGAUGUUUCCUUAGAAAAGCUACAAAUAGUUCUCAAAAACAGUGAGCGUUCUUGUAUUAUAUGUAACAAAAAUGAACUGAAGACAAGCAAAGAUGAAACCUUACAAAAGGAACUUGAAUUGCUAGUUGUUUCCUUAAAAAAGCUACAAACAAUUCUUUAAAAACUUUUUGAAAUAAAACAUUUGGAAAAAAUACAAGCUGUUGCUGCUGCUGUGGCAGCUAUAAGGUAAUAAAAGGAAAUUAAAAUACUAUAAAAUUUCCAGCAAAAGUGAAAUUAUAAUUUUAUCCUGUUAUGAAUAAUGUUUACCGUCUGAUGACUGUGGACAAGGGUGAAUUUAAAGAAUUUUUAGUUUUUAAAUCUUGCUUUUAUCUUCAGUACCAUUAUCAGUGAAUCAGGUUUUCUAUAAUGUAUGAAGAGUGAAAUGAAUUUGUGUGGAGAAACAGACAGGUCCAUCUUUGAGAUGAUUUUCCAUGCUUUGUCAAUGAAAGACCAAUUAUUAAUAAAUUUGAGACACGUGCUUCUCAUUAAAUGCUUACACAUUAUUUUUAAUGAUUUGAAAUCCAGAUCACUGAUUUCAAGAUCACGAGCAUUCAGUUAAGUGUUUCAUAAGUGAAAAUAUAUUUGGAAUCAAUAAUUGCGUCUGCAUGAAACGUCAGUGUAAUGCAAGAAUUUUAUGAACAGUUUUAUAUGAAAUAUAAUUAUGAUGAAUUUUCUAUAUUUCUGUAAAAUUGAAUUUCUAUGUUAAAUUUAUUAUCUGAGAAUUCUUUAAAAUAUAAAAUUUAAAGAAAGGUAUUAUUAAAUGCUUUAUUACCAUUAAAUGUAAUGCUGUGAAAUUUACAUUUUCUUGUAUAACAUUUUGAUAUGUAAGUUUUAUGUAUUAUGUAGUAUACUGAAUUCUUGAUUAUUUAUGCUAAUUAAUACAGAAGUGCACAAAUAAUUAAAAAUAGUAAAAUGUAAUUAAUUUCUGGGUAUUAUAAAGAAUGUGCUUCAGAAGUUGUAAAUGAAUGGAUAUAAACUGUACUUUUAACACCUUAACUGCUGCUUGACCCACCGGUGGAACAUGAUAGGUUUGUUUAGGAGCCUCAUGAUCCACCAUUGGGUAACAGCAACAUUCACGUUUGCGACCACAAGGGCCACUGGUGAAUCAUCACCUUUUCUGCAGUUUUAUGUGGGAACGUAAAUUUCUUCGGCCUCCAAAUCACUUCGCUCAAGUUGGGCCUUAUGCGUAUUGGCAAAAUUAUUUUAAGGAAUACAGUUCAAUUAAACAUUAUUUUAAUUGAAUUGUAUUCUUUAACACUUACAAUAAAAUUUAUAUAGGUAGUGGUUUUUUUCGAGAAAAAGGUAUUUUGCCUUUUCGAAGAGCCAUGUUGGCAUUUUUUUCAGAGAGUAUAGCAAAUACUCUGAUGAUAUUAAAUGAAAUCCAUUUAUCCAUUGCAAUUUAACAACUUGUGAACUGUUUCAUUUCCCUACAAUACCCAGUCAUGCUUUUAUUCUAUCUUCCACCUUUAUUUUCUAUUCUUCAGUCAUUGCUUCAAGGAUGUCUUGGACUGUUAAAAAUAUAGAAAUUUCAGCAUUCUUAAUGUAAUCUAAGCAUAUUUCUGUUUCCUUCACUUACAUUUUCAAACCUUUGGAUACCAGAUUAAUUCCAGUAAGGCCUGAUGAUAACUCAUUAUCUUCCAUUUUAUGAUAUCACAGAUCAAUUUCUCUAGAUAUAAAUUAGCUUCUUUACAAGUCUUAGCCAGAAGUUUUUUCACAGAGUUUACAAGUUUGGACCUUCAUUUAUUUUUCAGAGAACUUUCAUACGAGAUGAUAUACAUAUACUUAUGAAUGACCAAGUGUUCUUUCUGUAAGUUUUAAAAUAAAAAUUAAAUGCUAGCUGU